AUGAAAGACUGUGACAUCUGCAUGGCUGCCCUACACGCCGGAGCUGUCAACAGGACAGGUGGAACUGUCAACUUCAAGAGACAUGAAACUUCAAGUGUCUUUCGGGGUACAAUACGCAAUCGUAUUGUGUCAAAAUCAAGGAGUAAUGUCAGCUCUGGAGUUGCCUUCAAGUUCCACAACAAUAACCCGGUCAUCUCCAAGGAAGACCUGGCUACGGAUGUCAUAAUGGUCCAUAACUCAUACUAUGAAGGUAAACAACUGCAGCUGACCUGCCUUUCUGAUGACCCCGGCAGAGAGCUCGAUUCCACUAAUAUUACAGCGUGGGAUUAUUCAAAUACUACUUAUUACAAACAUGUCUUUAGUUUGGUCUCUACAGAAACCUACAUUGCGGAGAAGAGCACCUUUCGUGCAAGUCAAGGCCAAUACUUGCAAGUGUCCAUGAACAAGACAGGUGCGCAUACUGAAGUGUAUUUUCGCAGACUUCCUGAUGGCUGGCAGUACGAGGAUGAGAGUAGUGUCAGUGUUACACUUCCCCUGACCUUCAACCCAGUUACUCAGGGAGAUGCUGGAAUAUACAUUCUUGGUAAUACUCAAAUUAAGAAGAAACUUAAAAACGCAGCUGCAAAUAUUGCAAAGAAAGGUGCUUAUUUUUACCUGAUUGUCCGAGUAUUUACAGCUCCUGAAGUACAAGUGAACAACUUUAAUUGCACAGCUGAAAACAUAAGUACAGUGUGCACAGGUGACCUAAGUAAUGAGUGUGAAACAUACAAUGGACAAAACAUAAGUUUUAUUGUUGCUGUGUCAUCUUUUGUGGAAUGUAAAAAUGAAACUCUUAAGUCUCAAAAAUUAGCAACUGUAUCUAAUAGAAAGAUUAGUGCUGAUAUAAAUGAACUGGUACCUGGCACUGAAUAUAAUGCAAUCCUCUCCGUCACUAAUGAAGUUGGCACUGGCAUGACACUCAACACUUCUUUCAAAACUAAAAAAGGAAUACCUCCACCUGUGAGAAACCUGACAGCCAGUGCAUUAUCAUCUACUGAAGUUCGUCUGUUUUGGAAUGAUCCUUGUCCAACACAUGGAAAUAUCAUUUAUUUCUCCUACAAGACUAAAACUGUAUCUAAUUUCACGAGGUACAACAUUUCAAAUUCAAAAUGCACAAAUACGGACGUCUUCGACCGCUGUGUAGACAUCACAAACCUGGAACCUCACAAGAAUUAUACUUUCGUGGUGAGUGCGACAAACGGUGAGGGGAGAAGUGUGGUCACGGAGGUGUGGGCCGUCACUAAUGAAACUGAGCCGGGACCACCAGAAUCACUUAAUGUUACAUCAUAUGCUGAGAGGUUACACUUUAGUCUCUCCUUGCCAGCAAAACCUGGCGGUGUUUUACUCAGUUUCACCAUAGUACUUCAGCACACAGACUACAAGUGUGGGGAAAAGUUACAACCAGAUUCUUAUCAACAACCUACAUGCGAGAUAUCUGGGUUAAAGCGAGGCAAACGCUUCCGAGUUGAGGCUCACUACUGUACUGCAGGAUGUGGCAUGACCUUGAACAGAAUGGUCGCCACUCUGCCCAUCCCACCUAAAUUUAAAGGAGAACUUACAGUGAAGACCAAAACCAACACUAAUGUUACUCUUGGUCUGCCCAGCAUUGAGAUGAAUGGCGACGGUGAGAGGUCUCUGGCAAUUUUGGCACAUCAUCUUCCCGAGGGCAAACAAGUCAGUACAAUCAAGAGUUAUAAAGAUGAAUAUUUGAGACAUCGUAACAAGCAGAAGAGACUGAUGUCUGCUUCAGAAGCUGUGAGGUCGAGGCGCCAGACAAGUGACCAGGACUGUGCUAAAGAUAAUCCAUUGUGGCUGCAGUUAUAUCUCCAUAGUAUAUGGAUAAUGAGUACAAUAGUUAUUCCAUACACUAUACACACUUUAAAUUCAAAGAAUUUAGCGGACUUAGAUGAAUUUGUGGUAGGAGAUGGAAAGACUGAUGGCACUUAUCAAAACUGCCAGUUGAAAACCAACGAACAUUAUAUGAUCGCGGUUGUGGCUGAGAUAUACCUGGAAGGGAACAGUGAAUAUGAAGAGAUGAAGUUACCCAUACCUGUUCUAGUGAAGGAGGACAGUGGUGUUGCUGUGGCCGUGACUGUCUCCAUCCUUGUUCUGCUGAUGCUGCUGCUCCUAGUUGUUUUCGUCCUUUUAUACAAACGACGAAGGAAACCACAAAACAAAGCAGGAGCAAAGUUUUGGAAAGGUAAGCGUGCAGUGGAAGUCUACGAUAACGGAAGAGUUGCACCGGACCAGUAUGGCCACUCAGUUCCCAAUAUUCUUGCCACACCACAGGAUCAGCGCUACUCUCCUCGAAGCCAGAGAAACGUAACUCCUGUUCCAGAUUCUUUACCUCCAUUAUCUGGGGAUGUCUACACUGGGAGUGACCUGUCUCCACCACCAGAUGAUGAUGCUAACAUAUAUGAGAACAUUUUCAGUAAGGAUGAAGAUAUAUAUGCCAACAUCAGUAGACGUAUCCCACAUGACGGGAUUGAGGCCUAUCUGAACAAGGCCAUAGGUUCUCAUGACAUAAUGGAAGAAUUUACGGUAAGAAACACUUUGAACCAAGUUACAGAAAAGGGCUUUGGUGGAGUUCUUAAAUACAUUGCUUCACAAGGGCCCAAGGAUGCCAACGUGAACACCAUCGGUGACUUCUGGAGAAUGAUUCGAGAACAACAUAUCUCUGUUAUUGUAAUGGUCGCUAAUUUUGUCGAAGGUGGAAAGAGGAAAGUAGGUCAGUAUAUUAACUUCGGGGAGAGCCUUGAGGUUGAUGGCUACGUUGUGGAGGUCAUCAAGACUGAUCAACAUUCACAUUAUAACGUCUCUUUGGUUCAGGUGUGGAAGAACGGAGUUGCACACACAGUGACACACUAUCACUACACCAGCUGGCCAGACCAUGAUGUGCCAAGUGAGGCCCACAGUCUGGGUACCAUGAUACGACAGAUUAUCCAAACACAUUCAGAAGGUGGUGUGGUUGCCCACUGUUCAGCUGGUAUUGGACGCACUGGCACUGUUCUGAUGGUGAUGCUUUUACACGAGAUGUUAAUGAUACACGACAGUAUUGACCCAUUAGAGGUCCUGAAGCACCUUCGUGAAUGUCGUGCUAGAUUAGUGGAGAAUGUUGCUCAGUACAACCUCGCUCUUCAGAUUUUUGAUGAAGUUCUCUUCGGAGCCAAAACUGUUAUUUCUUCAUUUAGCUUACAGGAUCAGACUAAAGAGUUUCUAAAGAGCAGCAGUGCUCUCUACCAGAAAGCUAAGGCUCUUCCUUCUGGCCUCACUUUCCGAGGUGCAUCACAGCGCGAAUUUUAUCCCCAAAACCGAAAUCACAGUAUUUUACCAGCAGAUACUCAAAGAAUUUUCUUAGAAAUGGAGAAUGGCAAGAUGCUUUCUCAAUACAUUAAUGCCGUGAGAUUGAACGGUCUUGAUCAUCCCAACACCAUGGUGGCGACAGAGCAUCCUCUACCGUCCACUCUCGCCAAGUUCUGGAGGCUGGUGGUUGAGAAGAAAUGUCCAAAUGUUGUUCUUAUCAACACAUAUGAAGGAUAUGAGAAGGAGUUUCCAGAAGUGUUGCCAAGAAAAGAUGCUGAUCUCAUCCUGGGCACCUACACCAUCCACACACUUCACGCUGCUCAGUACAACUCUUUUGUCAUCUACUCUAUUGAAAUUAUCUCUCAAAACCAAGUGCAUCAUACAGUUACUGUAUACCAGAUCACUUCAUGGCCAUAUGGUAGUGAAGUUCCUCCUUCACCUGAUGCAUUAGUUGGAGUAUCAGAAUUGUUGCUGCAGACUCCCUACACCCCAGAGACUGGCCCUCUUGUGCUCUGCUGUGGUGAUGGUGUGACAGGCUGUGGACUUAUGGCAGGAGUUCUCUUAACUAUUGAGAAACUUCAGAAAUAUAAUGAAAUCGAUGUUUAUCGCACUGUUGUGUAUCUUCAGCGUGCCCGACCACAGUUCUUUGUGUCCCAGGCACAGUUUGAGCUGCUCUACAGUGCUGCUGUUACGUUCCUGCAAGAUUAUGACACAUAUGUGAACUGUCCACGUUGAGCUGUUUUAUAAAGGAGGUUGUGGUAACACUGUUAUCUGUGUGCAGGCUAGAAAAACUCAGCAUGUUGUAGAGUACUGCAAUGUAGAUUUUGUGGUAUUCAUGAAGCUUGCACCACCAAUUAACUUGGUGCUAAUCAAAAGUAAAUUCUGUCAGUAGAGCUGUUCUUACACCCUGUGUCAUUAUAUGCUUGAGUGUGAAAAAAAAGUCAGACUUUACGAAAGCUUACAAAUGUUUAAGAAAUGCUAAAAGUGCCAAAAAUAUGGAAAAUACUCUUAACUGUGCUUACUAUAAAUACUCAUAGCCACUACCUAAUCGACAGAGCCCUUUUACCAGUACCGUAGACCAGCGAGUAGUAUAUGUAACAUAAUGAAUAUGCUGGAUUGUAAUACUUGUGUAUCUCAAUUCAUUGUACAACUAACCCCAUAUAGCUGUUACUGAAUACAGUAAAUGAAGUUUGUAAAUAGUUAAUUGCUACUGUACCUUCACACACAGUGGGGGAGGGGAGAUCAUUCCAAGGACUCAUUAUGUACCUCUUUAAUGUUUAGGCUACAACUCGCAGGAUAGGUACGAAAUACUAGAUAAUAAAACCAUUAAAUUACCUCAUGAAGUUGAAGACUGAUGUAGAUAAGUUUUAGCUGUAUAUAAAAUAAAGAGGCUUUCCAGAGUUUUAAUAAUAAGGAUUUUAGUGAUGAGUUGUGAUAGAGCUCAACGCAACAGAUGAAUACAAAUGCUGCACUCCAUUCACAUUGAUGGGGCAAUACAAAAUGCAGCCCUCCAGUCACGGGACAAAUACUGCCUUUGUCAUUCAGAGUCAUGGGGCAAAAUGAAAUGUAGCCCUCCAAUCAUUCACAAUUAUAAACAAUAAAACUGUUGCCCUCCGAGCAGUCACAAUCAUGGGGAAAUACAAAAGCAACUAAUAAUUUCCAGUCAGUGAGAGAAUAUAAAACGUAUCCAUCUAUUCGUGGCACAUAAAUAUGCUCCCAUCCAAUCAUGAGUCGUACUUGCUGCCCUUCAAUCAUUCACAGUUGUGAGACGAAACAAAUGCAGUCUCCUUUACAGUCCGGAAACUACAAAUGUUACGUUCCAAUCAGUCGUGAUUAUGAAGUAGAAUACUUUUAAAUAAUAUUUACUGACUUUGUACAGAGUUUAUUAAUACAUUUUAUCAUUCAACUUGUGAAGAAACAAAUUUCAUUUAUUUUUAUUUUCAAUAAAAAAUAGUAUUCUUAAGUCUGAGUUUAAACAAUAUUCGAAGCUGUUGAUGCUGUGUUAAUAAAUUCUUUUGACUUGUAUUUUUAGUUGUAAAUUAUUGACUUAUAUUUGCAGUUUUAAUAAUAUUUUAAUAUUUGCAGUUUUAAAUUGUCUUUAAUUACUAUUUGUAAAUGACGUCGAGAUUAAGAUCUGUAUUUCUAGAAAAAGUUUACAAUGGCCACAAAAGUUUGUAGAUAAUGCAAUGAUGUGCAGAGACGGAGGUUGUAAGAGUUCUGGCAGCCAGUGAGAGAAGUUCAUGAAAUUCUGGGUAAGUUGAAUAAUCUUUAGGAUUUUGUAAGAAGGAACAGGUGUCCAAGUAAGUCUCGCUCUGUUUUGGUCAUUCAAGAAACCUGGCAGCACAGAUUGGGAUUGUAUUGAGUUCACAGGAAGUGAGGCCGUGCAAGAUUGUGUUUGGAUUUAUGCCUACGAAUCCUACAAUAUUGGGAAAGUCAUGACUUCAUAUAUGCAGGUGUAUGUAUUUUCUUUGUCUCUUUUGAAAUCCUUUUUGUGGUCAUUGAUGCUUUUAAUAUUUAUUAUUUAUUACUGUACCUGCUUUUUUUCCUUGAUUAAAUUCAGUAAGAAAAAUCAUAAUACAUUAUU